AUGGUGUUGCUGAUGACGUUGAUUUGCAGCAAAUCACGAAUCUUGCCGCAGAAAUCGAACAAGAAGAAGAAGAUUACAACCCCUCAAGCAGAGCUACAGGCAGCUCUAUUAUUAUCACAGCUUACCAUUGUAUUAUGCUGGUUACAGAAAUCACCUGAUUCGCUGACUGUGUUCGUCGGAAAUCGUGUACGACAAAUACAGCAGCUCCCCGCCGAUUAUUCUUGGAAGUACGUGCCGUCGAAGGAGAAUCCCGCAGAUCUGAUAUCGCGUGGGGUACCUCCAUCUGAACUUGGAAAACGAACGAUUUGGUGGAAUGGACCAUCUAUUUUUCUUAGUGAUAAUCCGAACAUCGAUCAACCAGCAUCUCUUCCAGAAGCGGACUUACCUGAGUUGAGACGAAGAGGACUUGUAACUGUACUAGGACCUUCGAGAUUGAAGAUUUUCGACCGAAUCAGUCGGUACCCGAUCAUACAACGUGUGAUGGCGUAUGUCAUUCGAUUUUGUGAUUACAUCCGAAGUUAUAGAACGACGUUGACCAAGGGACUGCCAACAGUAUCGGAAAUACACAGAGCAUCAACUCUGAUUGUUCGCAUGGUGCAAAACGAAACUUUUCAUCGAGAAUUGCAGAUGUUGAAGGAUGACAAGGAAGGCAAGGUAUUGUUUCAAAACCUCAACCCUUUCAUUGAUCCAAAUGAUGGGAUACUGCGAGUUGGUGGAAGACUGAAGCACGCAGUUUUACCGUACGAACACAAACACCAAGCCUUGCUUCCCGAGACUCAUCCAUUCACAGUGACGUUGAUCAGGCAUCUGCAUUGCACUAAUAUGCAUCUUGGCCAACGUAACUUAUUAGGAGUUGUACGACAACAGUAUUGGCCGCUCAAGGCUAAAAACAUCAUUCGAAAGAUACUACAUCACUGCAUACCGUGCUUCCGAAUGAAACCCAAGAAGUCUACGCAACUGAUGGGAGAUCUACCGGACUAUCGAGUUCAGCCUUCACCAGUGUUUUCACAUUCGGGCUUGGACUUUGCAGGAUCUUUCAAGUUAUGGCUGAGUGCCAAUACAAGAAAUCCGACAACCACCAAGGGGUACGUUUGUUUAUUCGUCUGCAUGGCAACCCGUGCAGUGCACCUAGAAGCGGUAUCCGAUUUAUCUACUGAAACGUUCAUGGCCGCACUCCAACGAUUCGUCAGUCGCCGUGGUCUGCCGCAGAAGCUGUAUUCCGACAACGCGAUUUAUUUUAACUCACAUUCCAAUAAAUAG